AUGGCACACCCCAACCCCGGCCUCACCCACCUUUCCAAUGCUCUUGCCACCCCAGGGCAGCUUUCGGCUUCUUCAUCAUCGAUCGAUGGUGUUCCCUCCGACCUGGAAGCUUCAAUUCGCUGCGCCGGUGCGCAAUUAACCCAGGCCGCGGGCGUCCUCUUGCAUCUGUCGCAAGAUAUCAUCGCGCAGGCAAUUGUUAUAUUUACGCGCUUCUGGCUCGGGGCCGAUGGGGGCAGCUUGCGCAUUUACUCUGUCAAGGAUGUAUCAGCCGCUGCUCUCUACCUGACUGCCAAAUUAUCCUUUCAACCCACCUCACCACGCUCCGUUCUCAACGUAUACACAUUGCUACUGUCGCGAGAGGCCUCCCCACUGUGGUUUGUGAACCUCCGCGGAGCACCCAAGCAGCCGCCAUCCGCAGACAGCUACACCAUUACAGAGGGCGGGUAUCAGUCGGCGCGUCUGGUUCUACUUCGUAUCGAGUCCGUCAUUCUCCGCACUCUCAGUUUCGACACCCACGUUGCCCUCCCUCAUACCAUCGCCCUCACCUACCUCCAAACCCUGGGAGUCACAGACGCCGCUGUGUCCCGCCGAACGAUUGAAUAUCUCAACUCCGCUUUGUUUUCUCCUCAACUACUUUACAUCACACAUCAGCCGAAUGCCCUGGCCGUAGCAGCCAUCUAUCUUGCUUCGCGGGAACAGGGUUGCAAGCUGGUUGAUGGGGAGUGGUGGGAAGUAUUUGAUGUCGAUCGGGAAGAACUUGGAUUCCUGGUGGUCGGAAUGAAGAGUACGGAGGGGUUUAUGCGUGCCGAAAUGGAAAAGUGGAAGAGUCCUGGAAAGACAAUACCUCUGGCGGUUGAAGAAGUAGACGCGGAGAUCGAACGCAGUCGAAUGAUGCAGGAAGGUGAAUGA